AAUGAUUAAUUCAAGAAUUCAAGUAGACAGUAUUACUGAGGAAGACGAAACAGAUACCGAAGCAUGUAUAAGUACAGAAGAUGUUAUAUUUUACGGCCAAUCUAGUGAGGAAGAAAACCAAAAGAGAUAUGAAGAGCCAAAGAGAAGUAGGAAAUCAGGCUUAUUGACUAUUCUCCAGCAAAAUGAUACUCGUUCAAUUACGAAUAGCCGACCAGAAGAUCCCGAUGAACAGCACUUUAAACUAGAAAAACUAUUCUCUAGUAGUGAUGAUGAUUUGGGAAGUGAAAAUUCAACAUCAUAUGGAAUACCUAUACUUAAAUCCCCCACAAUAAGGACACUAAGAAAUGAAAAAGUUCUGAAAAUCAAUACAAGAAACGUAUUGUCGACUAGCUCUUUACCAUCGUCGCCUAUUUUACGACAUAAGUCUUUGUCAAAUUCUUGUUCCUCUCCUGCCUUAAGAAACAAGAUGUGUCAUAAUAGUUGCUCUGGUGAUUCAAAUAUAAACUACUCCUUUCUUCACAAAUUUCAGGUUUUGUAUAUUGCACACUGGGGAAAAUAA